CCAAGGCUUUUAGAGUGUUGUUCAGUUAUUUUAAUUCUUCAGUUAAAUAAAUUUCUUAUUUGUUAUUAAGACCCAAACUCUCUUAGAAACAAAUGAACAAAGGUGGUUUUAUUAAAUGCUUUGCUUAUAGCAUAUACAGGCCUAAAGAAAAGUUUAAAACAAAGAAAGAACAUGCGUAAAACGUGUAAAAAUAGCACAUCAGGAAAAAAAAAAGAAAAGAAAAAAAAAACCUUGACAGAAAACCGCACUGCUGCGGUUUACUGCCAUGUUCGUUAAACGUUAGAAUAGUCGUUAGCCUACAUCACCUUCUGAGUUGUGACUCUUUAAAUGUGUCUUUUCACAAUACACUUGAGUUUGGAGCGUUUGGAUGGCGUCUGAAGCGCUUUUGUGAGGCUGGUGCGGGAUCUCAGCACUCUGGACAGCGCCUGUACUUGUUCCCCGCCGCUGCUUAUACAGUAAGCUACUCAUACAGGCUGCCAUAAAAUAUCAGUCAAGAAAAACAUGAAUGGAAGCGAUAUAUUUCACUACUCUUGAUUUACAGCUGUUUCCCCCGUCUAGCGAUUUUCAGUUGACUUGAUAACCUUCAGUGACGCGCAGCUCAUUUGCACGAUCUGACAUCUUUAUUCAUAAAUAGCCCCCAUUCACAUCUCUCUGACGUUCAUCUAUCCUCUGACGAAACCUGCUCCUAUAAGAUUCACAGUAAGUUUGGCUGACUCGGAAAUGUGCUGGACUUCUCUUCUCCUGAGGUGAUAGUUGGGCUCUUUUUUGCACUGUUGGUGGCAGUUGAGUGGCUGGCGGCUGAUUCACAAAGGUCUCUUUCCUCAGGUCUCAAUGAAUUUCGGUUCUUUAGAGAUACAACGACUUUAGCAGAGAGAAGAUGAACAUCCAUGUGGAGGGGUUGGUGGCGAUUGUCAUCUUCUACAUGCUGAUCCUUCUAGUGGGAAUCUGGGCAGCAUGGAAAAACAAGAAUUCCGGCGUGAUGGAGGGAGUUGAUCGCAGUGAGACCAUUAUGGUCGGCGGAAGGGAUAUUGGAUUAUUUGUCGGCGCAUUUACCAUGACUGCAACUUGGGUCGGAGGGGGUUAUAUCAACGGCACAGCAGAGAAUGUUUAUCUCCCUGGGUACGGCUUGGCAUGGGCACAGGCUCCCUUUGGAUAUGCGCUCAGCCUUGUUUUGGGUGGCCUUUUCUUUGCUAAACCCAUGCGCUCCCGGGGUUACGUCACCAUGCUUGACCCCUUCCAGCAAGUGUAUGGAAAAAGGAUGGGUGGUCUGCUAUUCAUCCCUGCACUAAUGGGGGAAAUGUUCUGGUCAGCCGCCAUUUUAUCUGCCCUUGGGGCCACACUGAGUGUGAUCAUUGACAUCGACAUCAAUAUGUCUGUGAUUAUUUCGGCUCUUAUUGCCAUUUUCUAUACGCUGGUGGGAGGACUGUAUUCAGUGGCCUACACUGAUGUUGUCCAGCUCUUCUGUAUUUUUUUAGGACUGUGGGUGAGUGUCCCUUUUGCGCUCUCAAACCCAGCUGUGUCUAACAUCGGAGUGACAGCAGUGAAGCAGCUCAAUGCUAAUCAGACCGCAUGGCUUGGGAAGAUAGAAAGCCCUGACAAAUGGAUGUGGGCUGACAACUUCUGCCUUCUGAUGUUGGGGGGGAUUCCCUGGCAGGUGUAUUUUCAAAGGGUUCUUUCUGCCUCUUCAGCUACCUAUGCUCAAGUCCUCUCCUUCCUGGCUGCCUUUGGUUGUAUCAUCAUGGCUAUUCCCUCCGUCCUGAUCGGAGCCAUAGGGGCUUCCACAGAUUGGAACCAGACAACCUAUGGGCCAAUUCCUCCCAUGCAAAGGGACCAGUCUGACAUGAUCCUACCGAUCGUGCUACAGCACCUGUGCCCAGCCUAUAUCUCCUUUUUUGGUCUGGGGGCAGUUUCUGCUGCAGUGAUGUCAUCCGCUGACUCAUCCAUUUUGUCGGCCAGCUCCAUGUUCGCUAGGAACAUCUACCAGCUCGCUUUCCGGCAAUCGGCUUCCGACCGUGAGAUCGUGUGGGUCAUGCGGAUCACUAUUUUUGUGUUCGGGGCUCUAGCAACAGGCAUGGCUCUCCUGACUGGGACCGUCUAUGGUUUAUGGUACCUGAGCUCUGACCUGGUCUACGUCAUCAUCUUCCCCCAACUCCUAUGCGUUCUUUUCAUCCGUGGCACGAACACCUACGGCUCAGUGGCUGCAUACAUCUUUGGAUUGAUCCUGCGAGUUGGUGGAGGGGAACCAUAUCUCAAACUGCCUCCGUUCAUCUACUACCCUGGAUGGACCAUUGAGGAGAAGGUCCAUCAUGUGACCAAGGAGGUGGAAUACCUGGUGUUGCAGAGGUUUCCCUUUAAGACAGCUUCCAUGCUGGCCUCAUUCCUAAGCAAUGUGGCUUUCUCAUACCUGUUUAAGUACCUGUUUGAGAGUGGCACUUUGUCGGCUAAAUAUGAUUUCUUGGAUGCAGUGGUGGCCAAGCACAGUGCAGAAAUAAUGGACAAAACCACUCUGGUGAACAAGAACAUCAUUGGGCUGAAUGAAAUGACCCCAGUCAAGCCAAGACUUAGUGUUACUUUAGCUGCUACCUUCACCAGGAAGGAAACCCUGACCGAAGAGGAGGACUCCAGCCCGGAGUCACCGAGUCAUGAGAAUGAGUAAAGACCCUAUGUUCAAUCUUGAGAAGACUCUCUAUUGGUUCCAUAAUGUAAAGUACAAGGCUUCACCCAAUAAGAAAAGAAAUAUCAGAUUUUAAGUAUAUACUUAAUUCACUCGACACUCCUUCUCUGGAAUUUCCAUCACUUCUUUCAAGAUGGGAAUGGGACAGCAACUGAAACUAAAAAUGAAAAUGGCAAAGAAGAAAGCAGCAGUGGUUUGAGUAAUAUUUGGAAAAAAACUGUCUUGAUGGUGUUAAUUACCCUGAGAAGCUCUUCGACUCCUGUCGGUAUGUACAAACCCUGAGCGUCUCUUCUUUCCCUUCUAAAGAAAAUGUUGCGAUACUGUGAUAAUCCUUGGGAAAUAAUCAUAUUAAAAGGUUAGUUCACUCAAAGAUGUUCUAUCAUCAUUUGCUCAACCUGGAUGACUUCAUUUCUUCUGUAGAACAUAAAACAAAAUGUCUCUUUUUUCAUCCACACAGUCAAAGUCAAUAGAAUUCAGUGUCCUUUUGGACCUUAUUCACUUUCAUUGGAUGGACGAAAAAAGCAGCUGAAACAUUCUUCAAGCUAUGAAUGAUGACAGAAUUUCAAUUUCUCAGUGAAUUAUCCAUUUAAUUUCCCAAACCUGGACAAAGAUCAGUCCAGAUUUGAAAAAGAAAAAAGAAAACAUAACACAGUGAUUAUAAUAUAUCCAAUUAUAGCUAUACAGUAUAUCAAUAAAUAAUAGGUGUAAGUUCAUUUGUCAUGCCAUUAAUUUCGUCAAACUCCCAUGAUAGAUAUUAGUGCUGACUAUCCUAUCAUCCUAUCAUAAAAAUCAAAUGUAGCUAAAUGGUUUCAUAAAUAUGUAAUUAUAUAACAAGUGAUGUGCUUCCCAUCUACAAACUACCUUUAACAACUGUGACAUAAGUGCACAUGUGGCAAAUAUCUUUUUCAUGUUCAUAGUGCAAUAUUAAGAAGGAAAACAAAGAACAUGGAAAAUAUACAGUAUAUAAUCUUGUAAUCGCCUUAACUAGCUACAUUGAUUAGAUGAGGGUGAUUGGACAUUAUGCAAACCCGGUUCGUCACUUUGUUGUACUUGAAAAUGAAUGUAGCUGCAAAUGAUUUACCAGAUGUAACAACCUUCGUGGUCUGUGCUGUGUUAUUUUUGUGAUUUGCAAAGUUAUACGUAUGUCAAAAGAAGUCAUUGUACCUGGUUCCAAGAUGAGCCAGCUGCUGUGUUAUUUUGUUGGCUUUAGCGAUAAAGAAAUUUGUGUGAUGUGUGUAUUUAUAUUCCAAUGAAUAUAAUUGUCCAGUAUUCCACUAAAAUGUAAAGUGUCACUUUACCGUUCUGUAUAUAUAUAUAUACAUAUAUAUUUAAAUGAGUUGGAGCCAGCUACACAAAUCUAUAUUUAUUUAUUAAUUGUGGCCUAGAUUAAACAUAGGAUUAUUCAAAGAUAAUAAAUUUUAUUGUUAAGACUUUCAUAGUUGUGUAUUAUUCCAAAGUUAUACAGGUCACAGAAUGAAGCGUUUGAUGCGUUAAUGAAGCGUUUUCCAUUUUGUUUAAAUUCAUAAAACUUGACAAAGUGUGUUUGUUGAUCAUUUUUGUUCUUGUUUCUGAUAGCAAACACACUUUCUAAAUCUUAUGCCACUUCGCAACCCGAAAUGAUCUGCGGACUGCUGUAGGGCAGUUACGAAAAAGCGCGUGUCUGAAAACAUGACGAUUUAUGACGUUAACUCUCUUCAACUUCCAAUGUCACAGUUGAGAGACGGCACUCUAAAAAUAGCCAGUACGUUAUUUACAUUAAGUGCUCUGCUGGUCUCAGUGGAGCGGGGCGGGGCAGGGGUAGUUGGGUGAAAAAGGCGGAGGGAAGUGAAGAUGGGGGUUGGGCCGGGAAUCUUAUGCGUCUUUUCAUAGACUGCGUCAGUGUCUUGGGGGUGGGCGAUGACGCUGUUUUUGCCCCACCCAACCAUGUCCCAAGCUUGUCCUUCAUUUUGUCCUUGCUGUCCAAAAUUUAAUCCCAUUACAUCGUUUGCGGCUGGAUAUGCCAGAGAUCCCAUUCACAAAAGAACAGCGAAGAGCACUUGUGGUGAUUAAUAAUCACCGCAAUGGGGCGGUGCUCUUAGCUUUGCCAAAAGUCAACCCAUUUUUAUUCUUCCAACUGAGGCGUCGUCUGCGGCCAUCUAAGGUGUCUGGAAAAACCUCAACGACAGUUUACUCGCCAAAGGGUUCAGUUUGAACACCUUUAAUGGUUAGUAAUUUAGUUGUCGAUGCUCGUUCGAGAUAUUCGUUUUAGCUUUCUUCAUAUGUGGGCAGUCUCUGGUUUUCUUGGUGAUCACGUCUCUGCUCACAAAUCAUUAAUGAAAUCCUUGAGGUUCAAGAAUCUCAGCUGAAAUAUGGUGCAUCUAAUUUAAUCAGCUUAAGUGAGGGACAUUUGUCCUCUUGGUUCAAUCGAUCAAAUCUCCCACAACAACGGUUAGGAGCGCAGCCUAUGAUGGACGGUAGCAGGCAGCAUUCAUCACGCCCGUCAUUAUUUAUUUGAACAAUUUCCUUUAGUGUAAAUCAGUAACGGAUACAGAUAAAGUAGUCUUUUAUUAGUACUACUUAAAUGAAUGAGAAAACAACCUCAAAACAUUAAGCUUCAAAAACCCCAACUGCACCAGAGAGAAUUUCCUUUUAUUUCUAUUCUUCGUUAAGUGGCUACCUGUUCCCCAGUGUGCUGUAGAAGACGAUCUUUGGACAUGCCUCCUCUGCAGCCUCAGCUGUACUUCUCUUAAUGGCAGAGUCUUCAUGUAUCUGUCAAGAAAUCAUCUGCCUAUUGAAGGAGGCAGGUGUAAUUAGAUUGGCUUUCAUUAAACCUGAAGGGAUAAUUGGGCAUGCUGGGAAAUAUAGUUUUGGGCUUUGCCAGAAGACAGCAGGUAUAAUGUAAUGAGAAAGAUAAGAGUCAACAGACGAGGUAAAAUAUAAGCAAAGAAUUGCUUACUUUUUGAAUUUCCUAAAAAUUUGUUUUAUUCUUUAUAUUUUUUUUAUUUUUGUUGUACUAAAAGAAAAUGUAAUAUAUUUUGUAU